CCAGAAGCCUAGCAGAAGGGAGAUGGAGCCCCAGCUCCUGGUCCCCCUUCCCACCCCCUCCCCCCUAGGCUGUCUGAGAUGUCACCUACCUGAACACCAUCUCCCUGGUCUCAGUCAUUAACUCUGGUCCUGUAACUACUGCUUGGUUCCAUCUCCUCCACCGACUCACAGGAGACUGCCAUCUGUCCUUCCUGGAAUCUCCAAGGCUUUCUGCUUUCCUCGGGCCCUGAUGGCCAGUUGUGACAGCUCAGCUGAGAGGCCUGCCCCACCUCAAACUCCUAAUCCUACUCCUUGUGUUAAGCAAGGACCACCAGGACCACCGAACCCUGGGAUUACCAUUUCCCUCCUUGAAAUUGGAUCACUCCCCCCCUUCUGCUGGGGCUCCCUCCCACCACCAAAGGAUAGUAUUCGCCCGCUAGAAAGACAAGGGAUGGUACAGAAAUUUAGCAAUCUCUUAAAAGACAUCAAAGAUGUUCUUAAAAGUAUAGCAGGCGGUGAGGAGAUGACUACAGAAGUCAGAGAGUCUUUUGACGAUGCCUACACUUCCGAGGAUAUGUCAGACCCUAAAAUCAGAGGUGUUGGUAAGAGAAAUAAAACGCGAUUUAGAGAUAUGCUCAUUAAUGUCCACCCAGAGAAAGAAUGGAACAUAAAGAAGCAGGAGAUGAUAUUGAAUAGCCAGAGUGCUAGGAAGAUGAUGCAAGGGUAUGCAAGGGAUCGCUGCAGCUCAGAAGAGAAGAGAGACUGUGAUGGCAUGCAUCUGAACAUAGAAAGAGGCCACUAUGGGUCCUUUCACAUUCGUGGGGAAUACAGAAGACUCAGGAACAACAUGGAACAGUUACUGCAGGAAACAGACCACUGGAGCAGACAACACAAUGAGCUCAGUGAAAUAAUGAAGUCGUAUCAGGAGUGCCAGAAAGAAAGGAGAGAUACCUUGGAAAAAAUUCGAGUCCAUUACCCAACCCAGCCCAACAAAGAACUGUCGACCAAGCAGGAGCUGGAGGAACAGGUAAAGAAGUUGAGCCACGACACCCACUCGCUGCAUUUGAUCGCAGCCCUGCUAGAGAACGAAUGUCAGAUCCUGCAGCACAGGGUAGACAUUCUCAGAGAGUACCAUCUCCACGAAGCGGGGCCCCAGCACAGCAGGCCAUUGCAGAUGCACUGCGUGCAGGACAGGAAAUGUCAGAAGUUCGUGGAAGCAGACAGGACGGAAGGUAACAACAAGCAGAACCCGAAGGUAACGGAGGGCGUGCUUCCUAGGAAAGAAAAGAUCUCCAGGAACUCUGAUGCUUGUCUGACAAAGAAGGCUCGAAAUAACCGCUUCAACUCCCGCAUUGCAAGAAAAGCUCUCCUGGGCAAAAGGAGAACCCUUAGCAGCUUCCGGUAGAAGCCAUCAGAAGCAGAGCCAGCUUCAGUCGUAACUGUCGUCAGCCUAGAGUAGUUCCUCUGUUUCAACCAAGAAAGAGGCCUAGAAUAAGAGGUGCAUAUUACCUCAGUAGUUAGAGAAGUUUGGACCUUAAUGACCAUUGUGAACAUCAACCAAGUGAAGACUCGAAUAAAAAAAAAAAAAAACAAGAAAAGGAAA